AGCGGACGAAGAACAAUAAAAUAGUAUUUCUUUUCUUUCACAAAAGGACAAGGCCAGGACUCUACCUGCUGCAACAAGAGACAGGCAAAAGGAACCGUUGAGGGCUUAGACCACUUGCCCUGAGGAAUCAAGGACAGAAGAAAGGAAGGAAGGAAGGAAGGACAUAGGCUACUGUUGUCCUUUGCUUCUCACUCUAUGCAAAUGUAUGCUGAGAAAGUUGUAACAGAGGGGAAGAUGGGGAGCAGGGCAAUCUCUCUGACCUGUGUGUUGACCCCCUGUCGGAUGAUUGGAGUGUGUGUGACUCUGAUGACCUUGGGAGCUAUUGGAGCCGCUGUCUGGGCAGUAGUUACUUAUUGCACAAUGGAAGAGGACAUGGGACUGUAUGAUGUUCAGGUAAAUUCUGCUGACCAACAUCUCAGAGUCUUUGACUCCACCCAGAAGAGGUGGCGUCAGGUUUGUUCCUCCUCAGCCAAUGAACUGCUUGCUAGCAUCAGCUGUGAAGAAGUGGGCUUUGUUAGGUGCAUGAACUACUCAGUCACAUCGGUACAAGAGGCCAGUGGAGAUGGUGGCGACUUCUUCUGUGUCAGACAGGAAGAGCUCAGCUUCGGCAAGAAAAUCAAAGACUCAUUGUUCCCAUGUGACUGUGAGAGCAGAGAGGUUCUCACACUGUUGUGCCAAGACUGCGGCAGGCGUAGUUUUGCAGCAGACCGUAUAGUUGGUGGUGUGGAUGCCAGACAGGGCAGCUGGCCUUGGCAGGUCAGCUUGCAGUAUGAUGGAGUUCAUCAGUGUGGAGGGUCCAUCAUCUCAAACCAGUGGGUUGUCUCUGCAGCUCACUGCUUCCCCGAACGAUACCGCUUUGUUAAUCGCUGGCGUGUGCUGCUGGGCUCCAUCUACAAUAAACCAGUCAAUGCCAACGUGGUGGAGGUGAAGACCAUCGUUUAUCACAGCAGCUACCUGCCCUUUGUAGAUGCUAACAUUGAUGACAACAGCAGGGACAUCGCUGUUCUGGCCCUCACCCAGCCACUCACUUUCAAUGAGUACGUCCAGCCUAUUUGCUUGCCAGCAUAUGGUCAAAGACUGAUAGAUGGACAGAUGGGAACAGUAACUGGCUGGGGAAAUGUAGGAUACUAUGGUCAUCUGGCGGAUGUUCUGCAGGAAGCAAAUGUUCCCAUCAUUAGUGACGCUGUCUGUAACACUCCUGAUUACUACGACAAUCAGAUCACCACCAGUAUGUUCUGUGCUGGUUAUGAGAAGGGAGGCACUGAUGCCUGCCAGGGAGACAGUGGUGGCCCUUUUGUGGCAGAGGACUGCCUAUCUAAGACCAGUCGGUAUCGUCUGCUGGGGGUGGUGAGUUGGGGAACAGGCUGUGCUAUGCCCAAGAAACCUGGGGUCUACACCAGAGUAUCGCGGUUUCUGCCCUGGAUAUCUACUGCCAUGAGGAUGCAGAGUUAUUACAGCGCGCUGGGCUCUAAGAGAUGA